AUGGCGGUGGCCUGCCACGCGGCGCUGACUAAGGCUCACCUGAGCGACGACUGCCAGCCGGACGCUGCUACAAUGGAGAAGAGUGUGGACGGCAAUCUCUGCCGCUGCACCGGGUAUCGGCCAAUCUUGGACGCAUGCAAGAGCUUUGCUAAGGGAGUUGAUAUGGAGGAUCUGGGGGUGAGGGAUGCCGCCGCCAUGUCACAUGGCCCAGAUGCGCCCACAGAUCUGCCCGAUGACAUCACCAUGCCAGCCUGGCUCAAGGACCAUGUCAAGCUCAAGGCGGCCUGCGGCGAUGCGGUGCAUGUGACGGGCAGUGGGCAGGCCUGGGCAGCCCCAAGGAGUCUCGGGCAGCUGCUGGAGGCUCUCGGCCAAAACAGGCACGGCGGCAGGGAACGCUCAGGACGGCCGCUGUCGAUUAGAAUUGUGGCCGGAAACACCGGCGCAGGGGUGUACAAGGACUGGCCGAGCGGGCAUGAGGGGACCAUAAUCGAUGUGACUAAGGUUGCAGAGCUGCGCGUUCUUGAGACGACCCAGGAUGGCGGACUGCUGGUCGGAGCAGCCAUCACACAAGAGGAGCUGAUCGACUGCCUUCUGGAUAGCAGCAGCAGCAGCAGCAGCAGCAGCAGCAGCAGCAGCAGCGCCAAAUCAGGCCGGAGGAGCGGCGCAGAUAGCAGCCGGGGCGCAGCUGCCCGGCGGGCGCCCGGCAGCUGCCCAAACGGGCAGCCACAGCUGCCCAGCUGCCGGAACGGGCAGCCGGAGCGGCCGCUGCCCUGCAGCAGCAGCGGCAGCGGCUCUGUGGCCAGCGCAGUGCGUGCGGCGGCAACGGUAGGCGGCAACCUGGUGCUGACGCGCGACCGCGGCCUCGAGUCUGAUCUGGCAACACUCCUAAUGGCAGCCGGCGCAGAGGUGCAGACAAUGAAGCCGGGUGGCUCUGCCAGGUGGCGACCCGUGAAGGACUUUCUGGCGGCGGGGGAUUUUGGGGGGCCUGAGGUGGUGGUCGCUGUCAGGUUCCCCCCUGUCAGGCCGGGGGACGUCUUCUGGUCCUACAAGGUGGCGCAGCGUCACUGGAACGCGCAUGCAUUCGUCAACGUCGCCGUACAGCUGGCGAUCGACGCAGGCAACACCUCUGCAGAUCCGACCACCGCCACGUCAGCCACCGUCCGCUCAGCGCGCGUCGUGUUUGGCUACCCGGCACUUGAGAAGGGAGGGAACGCCCCCAGAUGGCGCGUGGGCCGCUCUCCGGCAAUCGAGCGCAUUCUCACCGGCGCAGCCGUCAGCAUUGCAACGAUUGCGGCAGCGCUCAGAGCGGUGCACGAUGACGUGGCGCCGGGGGACGUCCGUGACGCAGCGUUCCUGCUCAGCACCGCUGAAGGGCUGCUGUUCGAGGCGCUCGUGUCCACUCUCAAGCCGGCGCUUGUGGCUACUCUCAAGCCGGUGGGUCUGGCGGCGGGCAAGCCUCUGCCAGAGUACAUUCUGGAGACGCCAUCCCUUCACGACAUACCGGUAUCGGCCGGGCGCCAGUUUCUGCCGGACUUUUCGCGCCCGGGAUCGGCCGCCGGGCUGCCGCUCAUGAAGGAGCGCGCGCUGCUGCAGGCGAGCGGGGAGGCUAAGUACACAGGGGACAUGCCAGAGCAGAGGGAGAGUCUGUUUGCAGCAUUCGUGGGUUCCACAGAAGCGCUGGCGGUGGUUAAGGGAGUUGACGCGUCGGCGGCUUUGGCGCUGCCUGGUGUGGUUGCCUACAUUGGCGCGGAGGAUGUGCCAGGGGUCAAUAAGGCGGCCACAGGGGACGCGGAGUUAUUGUUCGCCACAGACAAGGUGGAGUGGGUGGGCCAGCCGAUUGGGCUGGUAGUGGCAGAGAGCAGGGCAGUGGCCGAGCGCGCAGCAGCACUUGUGAAGGUGGACUACAGCUGCGAGCUGGGCCCCCCAGUGGUGACUAUUGAGGAUGCGCGCCGUGAAGGGGCGUUCCAUGACUCGCUACCUGUCGCCGGGCCCAACAGCAACCUGCCCGACGGGCAGCACAGCGCCCUGCCCGCCGUCGAGUCAUCUCCCCUGCAAAUUCGCGGUGCCAAGUGGCGCAUCCCCAACCAGACGCACUUUUACAUGGAGCCUCAGACCGCCAUCGUCAGCUGGGACGAGGGUGGAGUCAUCCAGGUGCAGGCGGCGACGCAGAGCACGGACCACGUGCAGUGGGCGGUCGCGCAGGCGCUCGGCCUUCCCCACAACCGCGUAAACGUCGCCUGCCGCCGCGCCGGAGGCGGGUUCGGCGGCAAAUUCAGCCGCGCCUGCCCGGUCGCUGCGGCCGCCGCUGUUGCCACUCACAAGCUGAGACGCCAGGUGGGCCAUUUCAAGGACAAUUUUUAUACCAAGGAAAACUUUGUCACACGAGGGUUGAGGGAUAGUCACAUUGCCGGGGCCGCCAUCGUGGCCGCGCACAAGCUGAGACGCCAGGUGCGUCUGGGCGUGAACCGUAACCAGGACUUCCGAAUGAACAACGGCCGCGCGGCAGUCGAAGUGGAAUAUGACAUCGGCUUUGAUGACAGCGGCAAGAUCCUUGCGCUUGAGAUGCAGGCGUACCUGCUGGGCGGCGCGCAGCUGAGCGGCAGCUUCGUCGACCUGUACCAGCUGAAAGGAAACAUCGACCAGGCCUACGCGUUUCCCGCCUUCCACUUUGACCUGCACCUCUGCCGCGCAAAUCUGCCGCCCCACACCGCCGUGCGCGGGCCCGGCGAGAUCCAGGCUACAAUGCUGGCGGAGCAUGUGAUAGAGCAUGUGGCGGCUCGGCUGGGCCUUGAUCCCGUCGCUGUGCGCGAGCGCAACUUCCUGCAGCUUCCAGAAGUGGCGAACGCAGCAGUACCCAAAGGCGUCAAGACCGCACUUGGCCAAGAGGUGAAGAAGGAUGCGGAGUAUGACAGGCGCUGCAAAGAGGUAGCCGAGUUCAACCGGCAGCACAAAUGGGUCAAACGUGGCAUCAGCAUGACUCACUGCAGGUUCCGGAGCAUGGUCCCCCCGCGGCCGGCGGUGGUCAGCAUCUUUGCGGACGGAUCAGUCAUGGUUACUACCGCUGGGGCCGAGCUGGGGCAGGGCAUGUUCACAAAAGUCACGCAGGUUGCGAUCCACGAGCUGAGCAAGGCGCUCCCCGAGGAGCAGCGGCCGCUGCCGGUGGAGUGCGUGGCGGUGAAUGACAACGCCUCAUUCUGGCUGCCCAACACCGGGGGGACCGCGGGCUCCACUGCCGCGGAGGGGUCCUGUGAAGCCGUCCGACUGGCCUGCAAGCAACUGGUGGAGGAGACGCUGAAGCCUCAGGCGCUGAAGAUGGGCAACGGUCUGACGUGGCGAGCCAUGAUCGCCAGUCUGCAACCCAAAACGCCGUUCCCUCCCACCGCCAAACUCACCGCGUACGCGCUGUGGGACGGCACGCAGAUCAACGAUGACGGCACAGGCGCGCUGCUCCAAAAGUCUGCACUUUCUGUGUUUUUCAGGGUCCAGGGCAAGAAGCUGCAGUACAGCACGUUUGGAGCGGCGUGCACCGAGGUGGAAGUCAAUGUGCUGACCGGGGAACGCCAUGUCAUCAGAGCAGAUGUGCUUCACGACGCCGGCCACUCCAUAUCCCCUGCCGUUGACAUGGGCCAGGUGGAGGGUGCGUUUGUGUUUGGGCUGGGCAUGAUGCUGCAGGAGAGCGUGACCUAUUCUGAGACUGGGCAGCCGACGUAUGACAGCACCUGGGACUACAAAAUUCCCAGCGCCGCAUGCAUCCCACGCCAGCUCAACAUCUCCCUCCUGGAGGCAAGUCACUCCCCUCAAACUAUGCCAAAUGAUUCGCCCAACAAGCACGGCAUGAUGGGCAGCAAGUCUGUGGGCGAGCCGCCGCUGCUGCUGUCCACCUCAGCGCUCACCGCCUUCUCGGCCGCUAUCGCAGCCGCAGCCACGGACCUCUCCAAUGACUCUGACAUCACCAAACCAAGCACAAUAUUGGACACCGGCGCCAAAUCUGGCACCGGAACUGACACCGGCGCCAAAAUUGGCACUGGCGCGGAUUCCAGCGCCAAGUCUGGCAACGGGAAAGAUGAUGUCGGCAGCGCCAGGUCAGGCAGCAGCGCUGAUGUCAGCGUCAGAGAGGCGGCAGUGCAGCGCGUGUGCGCGCCAGUGACGGUGCGGGCAGUGCGGGCAGCUGUGGGCAGCCUGCACCUGCCCGGCUUCCUGGACCAGUACGCGUGA